AUGAAGUGGAUCAGUCAGUCGGAUCUACUCUUCUACUGCCCGGCGACUAAGGAGGCCGCCGCGGAUCGAGACAAGUUGAUGCGCUUGGUGGUACCUGAGAUGCUUCAACAAGACAUUUUGCAUCACUAUCACACGAGCUUGCAGGGUGGCCAUCAAGGAAUUGGCCGGACUUAUGAUCGGAUCCGCGAUCAUUUCCACUGGAGAGGGCUGUACAAGAGUGUACAGCGAUACGUGGGAGAAUGUGUCGACUGUGAAACAAGCAAAGGACGACCCCGGAUCCAGGGUGAGUCACCUGGUAACCUACAGGCGACAUACCCAUUCCAGAUCAUUGCCAUGGAUCAUGUACCUUCAUUGGCUAGAUCCUUCAACGGCAACACCGAGUUGUUGAUCUUCGUGGAUCUAUUCUCGAGAUACGUGAUCGCCAAAGCCAGCGCCUCUAGAUCCGCUCAGACAAUCGCUGAGACCUACAAAGAAUGCGUCUUUCGCCGAUUUGGUGCGAGCGAGGUGAUCCGGCACGAUCGGGAGCCAGGCUUUAUGUCUGACUUCAUUAAGUCUUUCAACAAGAUCCUGGGGCAACGUCAACGGGCCACUAUGGCUUAUCGACCCCAAGCUAAUGGAUCCGCAGAGCGUAUGGUCCAAACAACUACCAGGGCUCUAAAGAUGUAUGUGCGAGAUCUGGAUCAACGAGAUUGGGACGAAUACGCUGAGCGGCUCACCUUCGCGAUCAACACUGCAAGAGAUCGGAUCCGAGGUGAAACCCCUUUCUACAUGAUACAUGGUUGGGAUCCUAGAUCCACCUUGGAAUCGGUGAUCCCGGUGGGGAGCACCCGCAGGCUCGGCUCGAUCGAGAUCCAAGAAGAUGACGAUACCGGAUGCAAAGGUACUAUCAACAAGCUCGAGAACAAAGUCUGGAUCAAGGGUCUGCAUGGUCCAUUCCGCGUCGCGGAAAAGAUCGGGGAAUAUGCACUGAGGUUGGAUAUCGCAGGAUCAACAUACAGCAUCUUCCCGGUAGUACAUGUCUCGAAGGUCAAACUGGUUAAGAUAUUCCCAGAUCGACCAGUAGCUCGCCUAGAUGAGUCAGAAGGAGAUCGGGUGGAUUUCGAUGAAGCUCUCCUACCUGAAGACAGCUGGAUCCAGGAUUGGGAUCCGGACGAAUACAAAGUGAAGCGAAUUUCCGAUAUGAGGACUGGCAAAAGGGCUAGAUAUGGACGGAUCUACAGAGAAUUUCUGGUACACUGGCGUGGAUACGAAGAUCCAACCUGGGUAGAUGAGGCAGAUCUUAACUGCGGUGCUCUGCUCUAUGAAUUCUUGCGAAAUCGCACUAGUCGCAACUGUUUUGGUCUCACGAGGAACCGUGAGAUCUGGAUCCACGCUGGUGAGUUGGGCAUCGGUGUGGUUGGAGGUUGA